UGUGUGUGUGUGUCCCUCUCUUCCUGUCUCUGUCAGUUUGGCUCAGUAGUUUAGCAGGCUAGUACAGAGACGAGGGCUGUUCCCUUUCGCCUCUGCUCAGCACAAACUCCAUACAUUCCUCACCAUGGCUGCCACGGACGUUGACGUGUUUCUGAAUGAAGAGAAGCGUAACCUGAAUUUGGGAGGCCAUGUGGGAUUUGACAGCCUCCCUGACCAACUGGUCAGUAAAUCCGUGACUCAGGGAUUUUGCUUCAAUAUUCUGUGUGUAGGGGAGACGGGUAUUGGAAAAUCAACGUUAAUGAACACGCUCUUCAAUACCAUGUUCGAAAACGAAGAGGCAAGCCAUUAUCAGAACAGCGUGUAUCUGAGGCCGCGAACAUACGACCUGCAGGAAAGCAACGUUCACCUGAAAUUGACGAUUGUUGAUACUGUUGGCUUCGGAGACCAAAUAAACAAGGAAUUUAGCUACAAGCCAAUUGUGGACUACAUCGACACUCAGUUUGAGAAUUAUCUUCAAGAAGAGCUGAAGAUCAAGAGAUCUCUCUUCAAUUACCACGACACGAGGAUCCACAUCUGUCUUUACUUUAUCUCCCCGACAGGGCACUCUCUGAAGUCCCUAGACCUCGUCACGAUGAAAAAGCUGGACUCUAAGGUGAACAUAAUUCCCAUCAUUGCCAAAGCUGACACAAUCUCCAAGAGUGAGCUCCAUAAAUUCAAAAUAAAGAUCAUGAGUGAGCUGGUGAGCAACGGCGUCCAGAUCUAUCAGUUCCCCACAGAUGAUGAAGCCGUCAGUGAGAUCAACGCCUCCAUGAACGCUCAUCUUCCAUUUGCUGUGGUUGGAAGCGUUGAAGAGGUCAAAGUGGGUAACAAAACCGUGAGGGCCAGACAGUACCCCUGGGGUGUUGUGCAAGUUGAGAACGAGAGUCACUGCGACUUUGUCAAACUGAGAGAAAUGCUAAUCCGGGUCAACAUGGAGGAUCUGAGGGAGCAAACACAUGCCCGCCACUAUGAGCUGUACCGACGCUGUAAACUGGAGGAGAUGGGCUUUAAAGAUACAGAUCCGGAUAGCCAACCAUUCAGUCUGCAAGAAACAUACGAAGCAAAGAGGAAAGAAUUCCUUGGAGACCUGCAGCGUAAAGAGGAAGAGAUGCGGCAAAUGUUUGUGAACAAAGUUAAAGAGACGGAAGCAGAGUUGAAAGAAAAGGAGAGAGAGCUGCACGACAAGUUCGAGCAGCUGAAGCGGAUGCACCAGGAGGAGAAGAGGAAGGUGGAGGAAAAGCGGAGAGACCUGGAGGAGGAGCUGAACGCGUUCAACAGGAAGAAAGUGGCAGCGGAGACCCUCUCCCUAUCUCAGCCCCUCAAGAAAGACAAGGAUAAGAAAAAUUAAUUUAUGGGCGCUGUAGACCCCCCCACACACAACCAUGGAUAUGUCCUCCAUCAUCAUACCGACGAAAACAUCAGUUUAUUUUUGUUUAUUUGUCUACUUUUGUUUGUUUGUUUUUGACAUUCCAUCUUGACAUUGUGCACAUGGACCAAAGACAAUGAGGAGGAUGAUGGGGAUGAUGACGUCACAGGGGGAGAAAAGAGGGAAAAGAUGGUGAGAGAUUUUGAGGAAACAAUAAAUUCUAAGAGUGGCCAUCUCAUUUAUUCAGGAUCUUUCAUUCCAUGUAUGACUUUUGAACACUUUUUUUUAUAUAUAUAUAUGCAAUUAACUAUGUUGUGCUUUAUAGAUGUUUUUCCAUCAAUUACUCACACAGAAACAAGAUAAUACAUUUUCUGGGUACUACAGUUUAAGUAUUGGGGUGUUGGGUAUUUGAACUUGUAUUUAGAAAUCAUUAAGGGUUCAAGGACUGACAUUCGAAGGACUCAUUAGAGAGACUGUUAAAUCCAGCCUUUCCUGAUUUAAGGAACCUGAGCAGUUUGAUCUGUUGUCCAGGUGUUGUGUGACUGUUAACCUUCUUGUAGUUAGAUUGAGAACAUUUCACAGUAGAGAGAUUCCUUAUCACAUGAGCCAAAUAAAACAUUUAAAUAGCAUAGUGUCAAGUAAUAAAACCGAGUACCUGUAUAGCGUAUAUAUGACUGCCUAUACUUUAGGUACUGACAUCCUAAAUCGUAUUCUAAAGUCUUAAUAAAAACGUAUGCAAUAUUUCGGUGCUGUUUCAUAUUAACUCAAUAAAUGUAUGUGAAUAUUUUCAGGAGCUUACUCAGCUUUUUAUGCAAUUUGUACUAGUUUUUGAAUAAAAUAUUAUUGUAAGAAGCACAUAAUAUGACGGUGUACAGUGAUGUUACUAUAUUGUAAACCAACAAGUUAUGUUGUGAAAGUGGACACACACAGAAACAUGAAGCCAUUGUACAAACAAGCAGAGAAUUCAGGAGAUCAUACAAGCCUCAGCUCGCUGUAGGAGAGUUUACACUCAAAGAUGGAGAAGAGAGAGCAGCUGUGUUUACUGUCUGUCAUUGGAAAUAAAUGCAACAAGCCCCA